AUGGCCUCUUCAGUUCUGGAAGAUUUGUGCUUGCACAUCAACACUAAGAUUUCAACUAUCAAAAAGAUUCUUCAAUUAAGAAAUAUAGGCCAAGAGUCAUCACUGAAAUCUAUGCUGAGUAAAAUAGGAUAUGAGAUGUUUUUCCUAAAUGAACUCCUGAAUAAAAUGGAAAUGGAACUUCAAGGGCAAGAAAAACUGAAGAAUUUGCUGAAGGAGCUCCAGAAGUCUGCUGGGACAGAUCAAAAAGAAGCACGUUACCUCUGUAAAAAUAUUCCUCCCCAUCUGCCUAAACCGACUGCGAGCUGCGUCACUGGGCUAAUGGUGAAAAGUGGAGAACAAACAAAAGUCACAGAACCUGAACCUGCAAAGAAAUCUACGAAAGAGCCAAGAUUUAUUAAAGAAGCAGCCUUGAUAACUAUGGAAGAAUUUAAAAAUGUUCCUGCGUACAUGAGGGGCCGUUUAACAUAUGAUCAAAUUAAUGCAGUUGUUCAAGACAUAAACAAGACUGUGGUUAACAAGUACAAGAUCCUGCACCAGCCACCGAAAUCUAUGAAUGCAGCUGUCAGAAAUCUUUACCACAGAUUCCUGGAAGCAGAAACUAAGGAUACAAAAGGCAAAUUCUUUAUCGUGGAGGCUGAUAUCAAAGAGUUCACUCAGCUGAAGGUGGACAAGCGCUUUCACAGCAUCCUCAACAUCCUGCGCCACUGCCAGCGGCUGAGGGAAAUCCGUGGCUCCCAACUUGUCCGCUAUGUCAUCUGCUAG